GGAAACGGCACAGGCUCGUACAAGCAAACGCUGUCGAUGCUAUCCGGGAUCCUUAGCAGCUGAUACAAAGUAACAACAUUUUUACUACAGUUUGCGCUGGAAUUAGUUCGAGGGUGGGAUUUUUUUUCUGGGAGAAUGCAUUGAAAGUAGAGAAAACGUUAAUCUAUUGGCACUGCGUUCACCUGCCGGGAUACUUGGCUGACCUGUAUUUCACGCUCCACAUCCCCUCUCCCCUCCUCCCCUUUCCUCCCAGCAAUCCUGUAUACAGGUUCCAUCCCCCAGGCUCCCAUGGCCUCCCCAUGGCCUUGGUCCCAUCAUCCUGACCUUUAACCCCCACAUACAGUAACACAUGGAUGACCUGGAUGCUGUCCGAGGACUUUCUCCUCGACCCCCUCCUCCUGAGGACUCUGUGUCCCUCUUCUCGUCCAGCACCGACAUCAUCAACUUAGAAGAUGGCGACUACAGUGCACUGCUAGCGGAGUUGGAGGCUGAUGCUCAGGACCUUGAGGGAGAGUCCUGGAGUGUCUCUGUGGACCAGCAGUACAUAAAGAAGCUACACAAAGAUGCUAUAAAGAGACAAGAUGUCAUCUAUGAGUUGAUCCAGACUGAGGUGUACCACAUGCGGACCUUAAAGCUGCUGCUGAGUGUGUACCAGUAUGAGCUGAGACGCAACCUACAGAUGGAGGAGACUAGGCUGGACAGGAUGUUCCCUCAGAUGGACAGCCUGCUGCACAUCCACCAACACUUCCUGUGGUGUCUUAGAGACUGCCGCGACGGACAGAAUCACUACACAGUCACACAGCUGGGAGCUGUACUCAUCAACCAGUUUUCAGGUGAGAUGGGAGAGAGGAUGAAGGAGAGCUAUGGAGACUGCUGCAGUCACCACACAGAUGCUGUCAGCUUCUACAAAGAACAGCUACAGAACAACAAGAAGUUCCAGAACUUGAUUACGAAAAUCGGUCGGUUGUCCAUCGUGCGGCAGUUAGGAGUCCCAGAAUGUAUUCUGUUGGUGACUCAGCGGCUCGCAAAGUACCCCUUUCUGGUCGAACGCAUUCUACAGAACACUGAUGCUGACAGUGAGGAGCACGAUGCCCUGGCCCACGCUCUGGUUCUGAUCAGAGAGACCAUCUCUGCUGUGGACUCUCAGGUCCAUGACUAUGAGAGGGCCUCUUGGUUGAGAGACAUAGGCAGCAGUUUGGAACCUCAUUCCCGCGGCAGGCUGAAGGAUGGAAGGGUGUUCAAGAGAGAGGACCUGGCAGUGGGGUCCAGAAACCUGCUCCAUGAGGGGACUGUCAACUGGCAGGCAGCCAACAGAUGGCUGAAAGGGAGUCUAUGUAUGAAGGAUGCCCAGAUCAUGCAGAGCCUGACAGAGAAGCUGCGUAUGUUUGCUGACAUGGCGGAGGCUGUAACAGGGCUGGAAGAUGUAGCUCAUCACUCUCGUCUGCUGUUCCGCAGUGACGACUUAGACCCCCAGCAGGGGGAGACACUGCUCAAGGGGGCCAUCACUGAGGUGGAGAAUCUGCAGAACCUUCUCCUGUCCGGUGUGACUCUGAGAGACCCCUACCCCCCUACAGAGGACUUCCUGGGAUCACGGGGAUACAGUUUGAGACCCGAAGAUCUACGGCUCCUUCGAGGGGGGCUAGGCCUUGGGGGGCUGCGGAACCUAGCCGCACUCAGGAGAGCCGAAACCUUAGAGGGCUAUGUCUGCAAUCCCAUACCCCUUAUGAAGAAUGGUAAUAUACAGGCGGGAGAACGGCCAGGCAGUGUGGCGGUACAACCUCUAGACAGAGGUCAGCAUUCAAACUCUGACCCCCAGCUACAGGACCUUGACCAGUCAGAGAGUCUGGAAAUGUCGGCUGAUGAGGCACCAGCAUCAUACUGGACUUCUCCAUGCCCAAAUCCAUCCUUUCCUGAAGCUGAGUUCUUUGAUAGAGUGCUGCUGCUCUCACAGAAACUCUACAGUCUGCUGGCCAUCGUGUCCCAGCAGGACAGCCACAUUGAGUUGCAGCGUGCCUCGCUGUCAGAGCGUGAGCCUCCGGGCCGUCCUCGUGGAAAUGUGCUCCUGGAGCAGGAGAAACAACGUAACAUGGAGAAACAGAGAGAGGAGAUGGCCAACUUCCACAAGCUGCAGACACAGCACAGACAAGAACAGGCUCGCUGGGAAGAGGAGCAGGCGGGCCACCAGUUGCAGGCGCAGGUCCUGGAGGCAGAGCUAAGACACAGAGAGGAGGAGUGUAGGAGACUGAAGGAGAAGCUAGCAGAGGAGAGGGGGGAGCUGGAGAGAUGGAGAGAAACCUACCAACAGGAUCUGGAGAGGCUGAGAGAGUCUACAAGGACUGUGGAGAAACAGAAGGAACGCCUGGAUUUACAGAUGAAGUUAAAGAAGAACAAGACCAUUGCCAAACCUGGGAGUUUUAACUUCAACUCUCAGCAGGCUGUCCCCCACUCCCAGUCGUUUCGAGGGGACCUCCCCCACUCUGCUUCCUUCCGAGGGGACCUCUCCCAGUCGUUCCGAGGGGACCUGAUUGGUGGUUGGACCACGGGAGGUGACGUGACCCCCAUCCCAGCCUCUAAGGUCCACAUCCAACCUAGCCUCUCUCUAGCCACAGCUUUCCUGGAGCCACCCCCAGAGGUGCCCCUUCAUAGGGAGAGCAUCAGCCCUGCGCCCCCUAAAGCGGAGGUUCCCAUUCACCUGAUCAGCACCACCAACCAGGUGGUCCACAAGCCAGGGGCUGUGCAGCAGCAGAUCCCCACCAAGCUGGCUACCCUCAGCAGCAAGGGCAAGGAGAAGAGCAGAAAAAAGGGAUCGCACCAGCGCAUGCAUAGUGCAGCAUCUAUAGACAUGUCUCAGGUGGUGCCGAUCAGAGUGACAAGAAAAGAGGGCGGGAGUCUGCGAGGGAAAAGGACUGUGAGUCCUCACAGGAGCUACCAAACAGAUCGUUUCUUUAGUCCUCCAGUGCCUCUGUCCAAUGCCAAGCACUCCCAGACCCUAUUGUCUAGCAGCAGCAUGAGGAUGAACAGCCAGAGCCACUUCCUUCCACCCGAACCUCCCCAUCCUCCACCCUUCCCAAAAGACAUAGCAAGCAAACCAACCAAGGAACGCGUAAUCUACCUGUAAGGCCACAGGGUAAGACCAAAACCCUAUGCCAGAGGUCUGCAACUGGGUGCCUGUGUGCCAAAACCGGUCCACAAGUGAUUUUAUUUGGCCCUCAAAAGCAGUCUGUUCUGAUCAAAGUAAAGAUGUGAAUUUUAAAAUAUUUGGACUGAUUUGGCUUUACUAAUUCCUUGUAAUUCUUGAGUGCCUGUUGAAUUUCCAAAGACAUUUAUAUUGUUCUGAUGAGUGUUUCUGUCAUGGUUUAAGAGAAAGUGUCUCUAACCACUCACGUCUUUACUUUUAAAGGAUUCUUAUUCAUGUUGAGCAGUGGUGUUAGGAAGCUGUUUAUUAUUUUAACUUGUUUACAGAUCUGAGGUGCCAAGUAUGUUUUAUUCUCAGAGCACAUUAGAAACUACUCUAAUCUAUAUAGUCUACCUGCUGCUUGAAAUCAGAAUGUCUUAAUGAAAAUAAUGCAUUUGUCAUAGCUACAUUUACUUCCAUACAUUCUAUCUGUGAGAGGGAAUAAUAACUGUAUGGGGUUCUGGUGUAUUUUAACACUGAAUAAUAAUGACUACUGGAAAGAGAUGAUGCUAAUUCUGCUGUGGUUUCUGUCAUGAGGGAGACAGGAAUGGGUGUCAUGACAGUUUGUGCACUUGGUGGACUGUUGAAUGCAGAAGGCCUGACCACGCGAUAUCAAUGCUCAAAAUGGACUGUAGUAAGUCAAGUUUUACCACACAGCUUCUCUGUGUGUGUGAAUGUACAGAAAUGUUAUGACACUGUGUUUAGUUUGAACUGGAGCAAAUAGUUUUUCCUUUUUGCUCAUUGUGUAACUGUAACAAGGUUAUGUUCUGGGAACCAAGGUAACUUGUAAAUAAUGUUUUAAUAAUGAAACUUUUUGAAUGAGGUUUUAAUAUGGGGUUGUUUGGAAGGAUUUGUGAAUUAUGUUGCUCACAGUUUCCAGUGAAUUAAAACACUUUAUAUACAGGGCCUUCAGAAUGUAUUCAUACCCCUUAACUUAUUCCACAUUUUGUUGGGUUACAGCCUGAAUUCAAUGAGUGAAAACAUCCCCUUUGCUAUGACACUCCAAAUCGAGCUCAGGUGCAACCAAUGUUGUUUGAUUAUCCUUGAUGUCACGACUACUUUGUUAAAUUGUUUGGACAUGAAUUUGAAAGAAACACCUGUCUAUAUAAGGUCCACAGUUGACAGUGGAUGUCAGAGCAGAACUAUACUAUGAAGUCCAAGGAACUGUCCUUAGAGCUGAGAUAAAAAUUGUGAUGAGGUGUAUAUAUCUGGGGAAGGGUAUAAAACUAUUUCUAGAUUGUUGAAAAUUUCCAAGAGCACCGUGGUCUCUAUCAUUGGGAAAUUGAAAAAAUAUUGAACUACCCAGACUCUGUCUAGUUGGCCUUCCGUCCAAACUGAACAAGAAGGCCCUUGGUCAGGGAGGCAAUGACCACUCUGACAGAACUCCUUGACUGAGAUGGGAGAACCUGCCAGAAGGACAACAUUCUCUACAACACCAAUCUGGGCUUUAUGGGAGGAUGGCCAGACGAAAGACACUUCUGAGAAAAAGGCACAUGACAGCACACCAAGAGUUUAGAAAAAAGGCGUGUGAAAGACUGCGAUCAUAAGGCAAAGGUUUGUGGUCUGAAUGCAAAGCACCGAGAACCAGGCACAGCUCACCACCUGUCGUGAAGCAUGCUGGUGGCAGCAUCAUGCUAUGAGGCUGCUUGUCAGUGGCAGGAACUGGGAGAGUGGUAAGGAUAGAGGAAACAUUGAAUGGAGCCAAAUACAGGCAAAUCCUCGAUGAGAACCUACUUCAGAGUGCAAAUGACCUUAGGCUGGGGGGGGGCGCGAAGAUUUCCGUUCCAACAGGACAUAAGCAUACAGCCAAAGAAACACUGGAAUGGCUUCAGAACAAUAAUGUAAAAGUCCUUGAGUGGCCCAGCCAAAGCCCAGACUUGAAUACCAUUGAAAAUCUAUGGAAAGACAAAGAUUGCUGUUCACCACCGCUCCCUAUCUAGCUUAACAGAGCUUUGAUAAAACCUGAAUGGAAGAAAAUCCCCAAAUCCAGAUGUACAAAGCUCAUACAGACAUACCCAAGAUAACUGAAAUCUGUAAUCACCGCCAAAGGUGCUUCUACAAAGUAUUGACUCGGGUGUGAAAACGUAUGUAAAUUAGAUUUCUGUAUUUAAUUUUGAAUGGAAAAAUGUCUACACAUGUUUACACAGUCAUUAUGGCGUAUUGCUUGUAGAGGGGCAGAAAGUAUUCCAUCCAUUUAGAAUUCUGCCUGUAACAACAACAAUGUGUAAUAAGUCAAGGGGUAUGAAUACUUUCUGAAGGCACUGAAGAUCUAUGGUCUGACUAUUCUGUUGUAAUAUCAUUGUUCUGCUGAACUGUUGUUCUUCCCAUCCACAGCUGAUAGAAAUAAUAAAAAGAAAGAGCCAUGAUGAUGUAUGUA